ACAUUCUGGGUAUCUGCUGAAGAUACAGGUCAGUAAGCUAGCAUGCAGCGAGGAGGCUUCUUUCAUUGUCCGUCGGAAAUAAUGCUCUUCAGCAAAGCUCUGUAAAAAAAAACAACAACAACAAAAAACAAUGACACUCACACCUCUCGUGUACUGGGCUCAACGCCAUGAAGAAAUUUACCUGCGAGUGGAGCUGACAGACGCACAGAACAUUGAUGUCCAUGUACAUGAAAACGUCCUUCGGUUUAGAGCCCAGGGCCAUGGUGCAAAAGGACAAAAUGAAUACGAGUUCAGCUUGGAGUUUCUUUCACCAGUAAAGCCACAGGUGAGCCACAAGUCCACACAACGACAGGUGAAUAUUACGGUGCGGAAAGAGCAGCGUGGCUGGUGGGAGAGACUAACCGCACAGGAGCGUAAACCUGUCUUCCUGGCACCUGACUUUGACCGCUGGCUGGACGAGUCAGACGCUGAAAUGGAGAUCCGUGAAAAGGAGGAGAAAAGGCACAGACUGAAGGCUUCAAGGCAUAAAGAGGAAGGGUUUGUCAGCCUGAAAACUGGAUUUUUGUUUGUAUACAACCUGGUGCAGUUCCUUGGGUUUUCAUGGAUCUUUGUCAACAUGACUGUGCGCCUCUUUAUCUUUGGCCAGGAUUCUCUCUAUGACACAUUUCACACUAUUUCCGAUGUGAUGUUCUUCUGCCAGAUCCUGGCAACAGUGGAGGUUCUCAACGCUGCUUUUGGUGUUGUCAGAACAGGUGUCGUUCCAACUCUUAUACAGGUUGUGGGGAGGAAUUUUAUCCUCUUCAUCAUUUUCGGUAGUUUGGAGGAAAUGCACCACCGGCCAGUUGUGUUCUUUGUUUUCUACCUGUGGAGUGCCAUCGAGAUUUUUAGGUAUCCAUUUUACAUGCUGGGCUGUUUUAAUACAGAGUGGAAAACCCUCACAUGGCUGCGGUACACAGUCUGGAUACCUUUGUACCCUUUAGGUGUUCUAGCCGAAGCUGUUGCUGUGAUACAAUCCAUUCCCAUCUUUUACGAGACAAAACUCUUCAGCAUUCCACUGCCGAAGGCCAUUGGCACCUCUAUCAGCUUCUCUUACGUCCUCCACAUUUAUCUUGUUCUCAUGUUUCUGGGACUUUUUAUCAACUUUCGCCAUCUUUACAAGCAGAGGAAGAGGCGUUUCCGCACCAAGAAGAGGAAAGCAAAUUGAGAUUCAGCACUAACAACAAUCCUCAAACACCUCUGCUGCCUGCUUAUUUCUGUAGAAUUUUUAAAAAUAUCCUCACAAACCAUUGUCCAGUCAAAUCACUGAUGUGAGAAGAUAUUUUCUUCUUCACUGCCUGUUUGUUCUAAAUGAUUUCCUUGAUGGUCAACAUGAACACCCUAAAGACGAUGCAGUAUUUCAAAACUGCACUGACUGUCUCGCUUACUGGUGAUUGAUUUCUCUGAUAUGAAUUUUGUAGUUUAAUGAAGAACUGUAGUAAGCCACAGACCUUGAUAUCCUGUAUGAUACUGUCGUGCUUUUUUUUUUGCUAAUGCAGUGGUGUUUUUGGUUGAAUACAUUGUAACAAACCCUGAUCAGGAAACCCUGCUGUUGUCAUUUGAUAUACACUAACUGGUGUGCAAAUGAAAAAAGCAACAACAUUCUCAACAAAUACUGUACAAAUACUGUAUCUGUUAUUUCAGAUUUCUGAACCACCCUACAAACCUCAGGGAAAAUAACACUGGUGAUUGCUUAUACACAGAGAGCGUUUUGUGUCCAUUAUGCUCAACAAUAACCUGCUGUGAAGAAUUUUUAUUUGUA